AUGGACGCCGCCGCCGCAGCUGCAGCCAGGACGACGCAGGCCGCUAAUGUCCUUUCAGCUUCUGCCGCCGGAAGAAGAAUAAUGAACCACCCAGCUGCCAUAGCCCCGCCGUCAACAUGGCCUCCGGCCAGACCAAACAUGCUCGUCCUUUAUGCCCGCAGCAACAGAAACUCUGCCCUGUCUCUGGCUCGCUGCUCCUUGAAGCCAAACGCCGACACAGACGAAGUUACGGAGAAAAUUUCUACCUUUGAUCCUCACUCGAGUUCGAAAUCCCAUGAACAACCAAAACCCACUUCGGUUGAACCGUAUUCGUCUUCUUCUUCGACGGAUUCGUCAUCGUUUUCCGCCGGAUUGGUGUUCGAUUUGGGUCCUGCAGACUGCUGGGAUGGCGCUGAAGUGGGGUCCCCCGUCGUGAAAAGGUUCAUCGGCGACGAGGAGGAAAGAUGGUACAUGUGGUACCACGGGAGGUCCGGUGAGAACCCCGGUUUGGAUUCAAUCGGAUUGGCGGUUUCCAGCAACGGGAUUCACUGGGAGCGCGGCGGAGGCCAUGCUCGAUCCAGCGUACACGUUGGUUCGGUGAUGAAUUGCAGUAAGGACUGGUGGGCAUUUGACACCCAUAGCAUUAGGCCUUCCGAGGUUGUCGUCAUGUCCAGCACAAAGGUCAGAGCUACCAGUGCCAUUUACUGGCUCUACUACACCGGCUACAGCUCAGAGGAGGUUACAUUUCUGAAAAAAUCCGAUUCCGAUUUCCCUUUAGGAAACCCAGUAAGGAUUUGUCACGGAAAUUUCAAGUCUCUGCCAGGUUUGGCGAUCGGCCAAGAUGGGCGAAAUUGGGCUAGAAUCGACGGGUUGCAUUACAGCGGAGCUUUGCUCGAAUUGGGCGCAGAGGGCAAGUGGGAUUCAACCUUUAUUGCUUCACCAAAUGUUGUUGUCCACGGUGAUGGCGAUCUUAGGAUGUAUUACCAUUCGUUCGAUCUUCAAAAUGGGCAAUUCGCAAUUGGGGUUGCGAGAUCCAGAGACGGAAUUAGAUGGGUGAAGUUGGGGAAGAUAAUGGGAGGAGGGCAGAGUGGUGAUUUUGACGAGCUCGGGGUGAUGAAUGCUCGCGUGGUGAGAAGCCGCAAAGAUGGGAAUUACGUGAUGGCGUAUGAAGGGGUGGCCACCGGCGGGAAGAGGAGCAUUGGGCUGGCUGAAUCUUCCGACGGGCUGAAGGAUUGGAGGAGGGUUGAAGAUGGUGGUGAAGUUCUGAAGGCGGUGGGAGAAGAUGGGUGGGAUGGGGGAGGAGUAGGAUCGCCUUGUCUGGUUCAGAUUGAAGGUGAGUGGAGAUUGUAUUACAGAGGUGUUGGGAUUAAUGGAGGGAGAACAGGGAUUGGAAUGGCUGUUUCUGAAGGAAGCAAUCUCAGGAGGUUUAGGAGAUGGACAGGAUUUCGUUUGUAAGAUGCAAAUGCAUUUAUUGUGUGAGAAAUUUUGUUUUGUUUUGUUUUGUUUUGUUUUGUUUUCAUUUUUCGUCUUAAUGUUCAAAUUGAGACGCUGUUGAUUGCUUUUUCUAUUGGAUGAAUAAAAUAAAAGCUUUUGUUGGCA